AUGGGCAAACAGGAAUGUCCAGGGGAGGCAACAGAACACUCAGCCGCCUCCACCCCUCCGCAGCUUCCGUUGACGUCUUUUGUUGAACUUGAAAGCCGCACUACAGCGGCACCCACAACAGCCUCUGCGGCUGCGCCGCCGGCCUAUGACCCGGCCCUAGCUGUAGCUUUCGAAGCAGCUAAAGACCGAAUCUUGGCAACACACGGCAUUGAUCCCGUGGCCGUGAAAGACGCCAAAACAGACGCCGGAGUUACUGUAGGGGAAGUGCGCAAGCGAGUGAAGCCUGCAGAGCAGUUAAGCGAAAGCACGUACUCGGAGGCAGUUCAACUGUUUAGAGACGUUGAAACGUUAACUUACCGGCUGCUGGCGGCCUCGGCUGGGGCGGCGACGCGGCUGGAGUACCUGCAGGAGGAGCUGAAACACCUGGAAGAGAAGCACAUCGCGCUUCAGGGGUUUCAGAGUUACCAACUGAAGCCGCAGGACACUUCCUUUGAAAAAGAAUUUGUAGUCGAGGACAGUUCCUUCACCAGGGGCGGCCCCAGUCACUGGGGCUUCGCUCUUCUCGUCGCUGAACACCCAAACGUGUUCGGGCAGUCUUCCUCUAUUAAGGGCGUUUCGGAAGUGCACGGCACAUACGCCUUUCUGCGGCGGCGAAAUCUCUAUGAUUUUGUGCUCCACGUGGAAUUCCUACCCAUGGGAAGCGGCGGCGUUGGCAUAGGCUUCCGAAUGAAGGAUCGGGACAACGGCUAUCUCUUGCUGAUGCACCAAAAGGCGGGGAAGAAGAAACUCCUGAGAUUGGAUAAAGGAAUCCCAAAGAUAGUCGCAGAACGCAAAGACGGAGGCUUUGUGCAGGGCAUAUGGCACAAAGUACGAAUUCAGGCAACUGGCGGCCAUAUAAAGGUUUGCGUGGGGGAUGAAGACGCGGAGCCCGCCGAGAUAUUCUCAGCACUGGACGAACGGUUUGUGUCCGGCACUGUCGCCUUCUUCUCCUCAGCAAUGCAAGAUGGAGUAUAUUUCGACAAACUGAACGUUGAGGCUCAACCUUGCCAAACGCCGCAGGUUUCACCGCCACCGCUUCCACCCCUUUGCUCAGUGUUCGUGGAAAGCUACUUCAGCAGCGUCAGCGCGCUGUACGCCAUAGUAGACGGGGCCGACAAGGGCGGCUCCGUGGGCCACUGGGAGUACCGGGACGGAGUCCGGGGAAGGAAUAAAGUGUUGGUGCAGCUGAACGCGGUGCGCGGGCCUGCAGACAUCGGCACCAUCGCUGUGCUGAAGGGCCAGCGAACAUGUAAGCAUUUUUCUUUUCACUUAACUUUAAAGAAGGCAACUAUUAGCCCGAUUUAUUUAGGCAGAAACGGCCGACUUUCUGUCGACUUCUUCCCGCAAUGCACCAAAGGGACCAUUGGUGCAGUUUUCCGAUUUUCUUCGGAGGCGAACUACAUGGCAGUGGAGGCAACGGCCACAGAACUCAGGCUGCGAGUUGUCGUGGACAAAAAGGCCGCAGUCCUCGCCAGGUCGCCCCUGAAGCUGCAGCUCAACGGCUGGCACUCCCUUCAAGUUGCAUUUGAUGGGCCCCGAGUAGUGGCUCGCGUAGAGACCCCAGCUGGGGAAACUGUGAAGCUGCUGGGGGAGGCCUCAGCCCAGCAGGGGUUUCCCAGCGAUGGGGCCAUCGGCCUAUCUGCGUACAACUGCGGAGGCGUUGCGUUUGAUGAGUUUGAGCUGUCGCCGUUUGUUGAGCCUGAGUCCGAAGCGGACUCGAGAUUCGCGGGCGUCACCUCUAGAGUGGCUGCCACUGAGAAAGCUUGGUCGCCGUGCGUCGAGAAUGUGCACAUUCUGGCGCGGCGGGAACAUUGUGCAGAAAUGCUGCGUAACAAGGAGCGGGAAAGACAGAUCUUGUGCCCCAUGGAGUACUGCCACGAGUGCUGCUCCUUCCAGACAAGCCUUCUUAGCCCUAACCACAAGACCCGCUGUGAAAAGAGCUGCAUGCGGAACAACGAGGAGGCUCAUAACACCGAGGCGCUGCUGCAGGCAGCCGUGGUGCGCUGCGCCAAGGGAGGCGACAAGAGAUCUGCUCUGUGUUCGCAAGUACGCCAUUUGCAUGAAAAAUGCUAA